CGAAGCAAAUCGGCAAAGUAGUUUCAUCUUAUUAGGCAAUACAGAUAGAACUCAUAGGAACACUUAUUCAUUGCGCUGAAGUUCUUAUUCCAUUGCCACUAAUAAAUAAAGGAUGUUCAUUACCAAGAAAGCAAUGGUAACUUUGCUAGAACAUCAUGGAGAAGGCGCUCAAUUCAUCAGAAAUAUUGCCUUCUAAAUCAUCUCAGGUACUGAGCAGAAAUGAGGCAGAAUCUUCCAAAGAGGGAGACAACAGCAAAAGACAAUGGGAAAAACGGGUUGGCUUCGUAUUGGUGCAUGCAGGUGCAGGUUAUCACUCGGAAUCAAAAGCAAAAGAGUAUAAACAUGUCUGUAAGCGGGCAUGUAAAAAGGCUAUAGAAAAGUUACAAGCUGGUGAUCUUGCAACUGAUGCAGUAACUGCUGCUCUGGUUGAGUUGGAGGACUCCCCGUUUACAAAUGCAGGAAUGGGCUCAAACUUGAAUCUUCUCGGAAAAAUAGAAUGUGAUGCAAGUAUAAUGGAUGGCAAAUCUUUAAGUUUUGGAGCAGUGGGAUCACUGAGCGGAAUCAAAAAUCCUGUCUUGGCAGCCAACAAGUUACUUUGUGAAGGACAGAAAGGGAAACUUUCAGCUGGCAGGAUCCCCCCUUGCUUUCUGGUUGGAGAUGGUGCAUUUAAGUGGGCCGUAGACCAUGGGAUACCAACAUGCCCUCAAGACAUAAUGGCCACAAAAUUAAGUUUAGCAGCAUUCAAGCGCAACAAACGAAAACUGGAGCUGGCUGAAAAGGUGGAGACAGAUUUUAUUCAGUACAAAAAAAGAAGACAAUCAAGUGAAAAGGAGAAUGACUCAGGAACUUUGGACACCGUUGGAGCAAUUGUUGUUGAUCAGGAUGGGAAUGUAGCUGCUGCUGUUUCCAGUGGAGGAUUAGCCAUGAAGCAUCCUGGGAGAGUUGGCCAGGCCGCUCUCUAUGGAUGUGGCUGCUGGGCUGAAAACACUGGAGUUCACAAUCCUUAUUCUACAGCUGUGAGUACUUCAGGCUGUGGAGAGCACCUUGUACGGACCAUAUUGGCCAGAGAAUGUUCGCUUGCGUUGCAGGCUGAAGAUGCUCACCAAGCUUUGCUAGAGUCUAUGCAAAAUAAAUUCAUUGGUUCACCUUUCCUAGCAAAUGAAGAGAGCAUUCUUGGCGGAGUUAUUGUACUUCGAUCAUGCAGAUGUUCCACAAAACCCAGCUCUGCAGAUGAAAAGCAGGCAUUGCUAGUGGAAUUUCUAUGGAGUCAUACAACAGAGAGUAUGUGCGUUGGUUACAUGUCAGCGCAGGAUGGUAAAGCCAAGACGCACAUUUCUAGGCUACCUCCGGGUGCAGUAGCUGGCCAAUCUGUAGCCAUUGAAGGUGGGGUCUGCAGACUGGGAAACCCUAAUCCAACCACAACUCUUCCCUGACCGCAUUCUACUAGGAAACAGGUUUAAUCAUUGGCAAACACAUGCUGCCGUUCCACAAACAACGGUUUUUCUGUUCUAGUUAAACCCAAUGAUACAAUACUCACUUGUAUAACCCAAUCAGCAUGCUAGCUGUAAGGGCCACGCCCCUUCCUCGUUACACAAUAAUGGCUUUAUUUAUAAUAUGCGUAAUUACAAUAGACUGUAUAACUGUCAGUGACCAGUGCAAUAUAUAACGUGAAUUAACAGUUUUCAUUGUUCUUUUCCUUCCACACAAGAACAUUAAUUGUAUAUUUUAAGUUAUGAAUAGUUGCUGCCUUAUAUUUCUUCCUUUUUUUCACUAUUUUUUAAUAUGCUUUAUUAUAUUCUCCGCAAAAAUUGUGUUUUGGAGGUGUAAAAUAUACAUUAAUAAGUAACUUUGUUUUGUGCAUGCUCGGAAGCCUCCUGGCAGGACUGUAUUUGGUGCUUUUUAAUUAGAAUUCAAAAUAAGCUGCUUUCUUGUUUUCUACAUUUAUUGAUAUUAUUAUUAUUAUAUAAUUCUACCUAUGGAAUCAGCUCUUAUUACUUACUUGAAUUUACAUGUAUGACUUUCUUUCUUGUCGCAUGGGCUUCCAGUCGAACCCCCCCUGUGGCCUACAGACAUAUUGGCUUGCAUAGAUGCUUAUGAGCAGUCACUUUAAUUUCUCUGUAUUUUAACAUGUUUAUUGUUAUCUUUCUGUAACAGGCAAAGUAAAUAAGAAUAUUAUAGUACGAUGGUAUAAAAUAUAUCAAAGCUUAUGUACUGUAAACUCUGUAUAACCAUUCUGUUUAAAGAUAUUUUCUAAAAGUCUAAAUAAAGUGGACUGUUACCAUA